UUUCUGCUCCAAACCUGUGUGCUCCAACCCCUCCACUGACACCCCAGGACUGAACUACUGCACUGGCACGAGAGGGGAGGGGGGAGUCAGUGAAGGGGGAAAUACUUGCCAGUCUGUAAGUUUUUCAAAUUCUGACUGAUAAGGAGUUUAAAAAAAUUAUAAAGACAGAUAAAAGAUGAGUGUGAGCCGUAUGAGCCGCUACAGCAUCGUGUCGUCGGAGGAAGACGCUCUGCGCCUGACGACAAUCCACGGCAGCAGUGGGAUUAACGGCUACGGCAAUGGAAAUGGAAAGAUCCACAUGAGAAGAAAAUGCCGUAAUCGGUUUGUGAAGAAGAAUGGACAGUGCAAUGUCCAGUUCACCAACAUGCAUCAGAAGUCGCAGCGCUACCUGGCCGACAUCUUCACCACCUGUGUGGACAUCCGCUGGCGCUACAUGCUGAUCGUGUUCACAGUUGUGUUUGUGGUGUCAUGGCUGGCGUUCGGUUUGGCAUUCUGGGUAAUUGCACUGCUCCACGGUGACCUGGACAACCCAGCGGGGGAUGAUAGCUUCACCCCAUGUGUCCUACAUGUGAAUGGAUUCUUGGCAGCAUUUCUGUUUUCCAUUGAGACUCAGACAACUAUCGGGUAUGGUUUCCGCUGUGUGACAGAGGAGUGUCCAGUCGCCAUUUUUCUUGUUGUCUUCCAGUCCAUCGUGGGCAGUAUUAUCGAGUGCUUCAUGAUUGGCGCUAUUAUGGCGAAAAUGGCUCGGCCUAAAAAGCGUACUCAGACUCUGUUGUUCUCCAAAAAUGCGGUAAUCGCCAUGAGGGACGGGAAGCUCUGUCUCAUGUGGCGCGUCGGGAACCUUCGUAGAAGCCACAUUGUUGAGGCUCACGUUCGAGCGUUGCUACUGAAGCCACGUGUGACUGCAGAGGGAGAGUACAUCCCUCUAGACCAUCUGGAUAUUAACGUUGGGUUCGACCAAGGGCUUGAUAGGAUCUUCUUAGUCUCGCCGAACACCAUUCUGCACGAGAUUGAUGAGGAAAGUCCACUUUAUGGGAUCAGCAAGCGAGAUCUGGACACAGCGGACUUUGAGAUCGUGGUGAUCCUCGAGGGGAUGGUGGAGGCCACGGCUAUGACCGCACAGGCCCGGAGCUCGUACUUGGCAAGUGAGAUCCUGUGGGGCCACCGGUUUGAGCCGGUACUUUUUGAGGAGAAGAACGAGUACAAGGUGGACUACUCACAUUUCCACAAGACGUACGAGGUCCCGUCUACGCCGCGCUGCAGUGCUAAAGACAUGCUCGAGAAUAAGUGUGUGUCUGCUGCCGAAAACGCCUCCACAUUCUGCUACGAGAACGAGCUGGCGCUGCUCAGCCGUGAUGAGGAAGACGAGGAGGAGUGCACUCAGAGAGAGCUGCAAGACUUUGAACAGAUCUCUCGGAGUCUCGAGCAAAGGUCGUACCGGCGCGAGUCUGAGAUUUAACCCACUCUGACCUUUUGAUACAUCUUGGUUUAACAAUGCAGAACAAUGCAAAAGUGCCAUAAUGAGAGGCUCAGGACUGUGCACAUCAGUGUGUGUGUGUGUG